AUGAGUAAAUGUGCAGCUUUCUUCAUAAUACUAGGACUUUACACAGUAACAGUAAAAGCUGUGUCACCCACAUUUGAUAACGUAGCUACAGAUGGUAGUACUAGAGUAGCUGUCGAUGAAAGAACAGCCCCGGGAGUCACUGUAUUUAGUUUACUUGCCACAGAUGGUGAUGGAGAUCCUAUUACUUUCUCUCUCGACACCAUCGAUGGUGCAACCACGGGAGAUUUUGUUUUAGUUGGUGCUGAAAUUAGAGUUAAAACUGGAGCUACUUUAGAUUUUGAAGCUAAAACUCAAUAUGUACUGGAAGUGAGCGCCAGUGAUGGGAAUGAUCCAGAUGCAUUUGGUACAGUCACCAUUGACAUCGGUAAUCUUAAUGACGAAUCUCCCGUUUUGGGUGGAACAUUUUCUGUUUCGGUAGAUGAAGAACAAGCAGUUGGAACUUUGGUUCCGUUUAAUAUAACAGUAACUGAUGGAGACGUGGGUGAUACCAAGUCUUUUACACUCACUGGUCCACAUAGCACUUUUUUUCAAAUCGACAAUGGCGAUGGUUCCAUACGGUUUGCUGAGAAGUUAGAUCGUGAUGGAGCAGGAGCUAUUAUAGUGUAUGAUCAGUUAAUAGUAAGAGUUACUGAUGGUGGUGGUAACACUGAUUCCAAUGGGUUAUCUGUUACAUUACAAGAUAUCAAUGACAAUACACCAAUAUGUACACCAUCUUCAUAUUUCACAUCUACACCGGAAAAUACACCGGCUAAUAUUGUUAUCGAGACUUUGACUUGUGCUGAUUUGGAUGCCGGAGCUAAUGGGAAUUUUGUUUUAAGCAUUGCGAGUGGUGAUGAUGCUUCGCCUAAAUUUGUAAUUAACGGAUUUCAAAUACAAACAACAACAACGGCUAUUGAUUAUGAAGCGCUUGUUACACAGUCUUUCCAGUAUCAGCUUAUUGUGAAUGCUGUAGAUGGCGGGGCAACACCGAAGACAGGGACAGCAUCUGUAAUUGUCACAAUUACCUCCAUUAACGAGGGUACUCCUGUGUGGACAGCAUUUUCACCGGCAUACACUGUUGGAGUACCAUACGUAAUAUCAGAAGAUACUGCCGUGGGUACCACAGUAGUAACAAUAGCGGCUACUGAUACAGAUGCUGGAACUGACGGUGAUAUCUCAUAUAAAUUGGUUUAUGUUGUUGACGGUGGUGGUACAGCUAGACCAGGUGUAUUUUCACUAGAUACAUCAACAGGAACUUUAAUAACUGUCAAAAACAUCGAUAGAGAUGUUGCCACUGGUGGAACACCAUCUUAUGAUGUCACUGUAAGAGCCAAAGACGGAGGUACCCCCUCCUUCUUUGUGGACAGGACACUAACUUUUGACAUAACAGAUGUAAAUGAUAUAUCACCUGAAUUUGGAUCCAGUAGUUACUCUGUGACCAUCUCCGAGAAUCUUAAUGUGGGAGACAGUGUCAUACAAGUUUUAGCAACUGAUCUUGACAGUACCCCAAGUACACUGAUAUAUAACAUACAAUCAGGCGAUGCUACUGGUUCCUUUACCUUCAGUACUACAACUGAUGGUUUAUUGGAAGUGCAAAGUGAUAUUGAUAUAGAUCGUCCGAAAAAUAAUCCUACUGUUUAUAGUUUGAUAAUAACAGCUAAAGAUGGGGGUGCUCCUGAACUGACAGGAUCAGCUUCAGUCAUAAUUACCAUUACACCCGAAAAUGAUUUUGUACCGACAUUUGGAACAACAUUGCCGGGUGAUACGGUUAUGGUUAGUGAAUCGACAGUACCAGGUGUAACAGUUGCUACUGUAUUAGCUAAUGACGAUGAUUAUGGAACGGAUGGUGUGCUUUCUUACUUUAUAACAGGUGGAAAUACUAAUUCAGCAUUCACAGUAGAUAGUACCACGGGACAGGUCAAAACUAUGAAGACAUUGGACUUUGAAACUACGCCAACCUAUUUCCUUGAAGUUAUAGCGAAGGAUGGUGGUACACCGGCUUUAAGUUCAUCAACUACCGUCACCGUUUCUAUUUCUAACGUAAAUGAAAACGUACCAACUUGUGUAUCUUAUAAUAUUGUAGCUUCUGUUGCUGAAGACACAACUGUUAAUUCUCCGGUGACAAGUCUAACAUGUACAGAUGCUGAUGGUGACGUUCUUGCGUAUUCUAUAACAUCUGGGAAUACUGGUAGUUCUCUUUCAUUAGAUUCAAGCAGUGGAACUUUAACUAUAGCAACAGCUUUAGACUAUGAGACAGUUCCAAGCUACACGUUGGCAAUAAACAUAAUAGAUCAGGCUGUACCUGGACCUGUGAAAACAACUACAGCUCAGAUUACAGUACAAAUUGUUCCUGUCAACGAAUUCGAUCCCGUCUUUCCAGUCGGGGGAUAUACAAUAUCAAUACCAGAAAACCAAGCACUUUUUGUCAACUUUCUAACUGUAACAGCAACAGACAGUGACCAAGGAGCAUCUCACGGUACUUCCAAGUACUCAAUCAUAGGUGGUAAUCCACUAGGAGAAUUUCAAAUAGACUCUUCCUCAGGACAAAUACAAGCCAUCAAAGCUCUCAAUCGAGAAGCAUAUCCUUCAUAUACAUUGAACGUUAAAGCCACUGACAGUACUCCGUCUGCAGGUGAUGAAAGAUCAACAGACACAACCGUUGUUAUAACUAUAAAUGAUAUAAACGACAACCCCCCUGUCUUUACACCAACUUCACAAAAUAUAUAUGUAUUAGAAACAGCUCCAAGCAGUUCAAAUCUAUUAACACUAAAUGCCAAUGACGAUGAUACAGGAGCCAACGCAGUACUUACUUAUUCUAUUCUCUCUGAUCCAUCUGGUUUUUUUACUAUCUCUACAAAUGCGUUGAUUCUUAAUACGCCACUUGAUUUCGAAACUGCAACAACUCACAUUGUCGUAGUUCAGGCGGUAGAUGGGGGAUCACCAAAACUUACUGGUACAGCAACAGUCACAAUAAAUGUCUUGCCUGCAAACGAUAACACGCCAGUAUUCACUGUUCCAAACACUGCAACUUCUUUAAGUGAAACAACUCCAGUCGGUAACAGUAUAUUUGAUGCAUCUGCGUCGGAUACUGACGUUGGUGAUGGAAGCGAUAUUACCUAUUCUAUUACCAGUGGAGACCCGACAGGCAAUACAUAUUUCAUUAAUCCAAACACGGGACGAGUGUUUUUGUGGUCUGUACUUGACUAUGAUACGGCACCAAAUACCUACAAUCUUACACUUAAAGUUGAAGAUACUGGUGGUCUUACUGAUACCAUGUGGCUUUUCAUCAACGUGACUGAUGAAAAUGAUGAGUAUCCUAUUUUUACUACCAAUACUUACAAUGGAGCUGUUGACGAAGAAGCUGCUCCUCGUCCCGUUUUACAGGUUCAGGCUAUAGAUAAAGAUUCUGGAGUAAAUGGACAAGUGACUUAUUCUAUUGUAUCGGGUGAUGGUGUAGGAAGUUUUAAUAUUGACAGUACUAGUGGUGAUAUAACUACAUCAGUUACAUUAGAUUAUGAAGUGAAACAGAUAUAUUAUUUAGUUGUCCAAGCAGUAGAUGGAGGAGUUCCAGCCUUGACUUCUUCAUGUUUAGUAAGAAUAGCAGUAAAUGAUAUUAAUGAUAAAACACCAGUUUUUGUACCGGCAGAUUUUACUGUCAAUAUAGCUGAAAAUGUUUCUGUUGGAACAUCAGUAACAACAGUUAAUGCUAAUGAUGCAGACUCUGCUGCUAACAGUAAUAAUGUUUUCACAUACAUCCUUACUAAUUUGUAUUUUGAAGUUCAUCCAAACACAGGGGUAAUUACAAACAAAGCUGCCUUAGACAGAGAAACUAUUGAAAUGCAUAAAUUGGUGGUAGAAGCAAGAGAUCAAGGUACACCAUCACUGACUGGUACAGCUACAGUUACUGUUAUCGUGGAUGAUAUUAACGACAACUCACCUGUCAUUACUGGAACUUAUGAUAGAAUUGUUGUUGAAGAUACCAGUGUAGGAACCUUACUGUUCACUGUAUUAGCGACUGAUGCCGAUAGUGGCUUAAAUGGUAAACUCACGUUUUCUAUUGCUGCAGGUAAUACCGAUAAUGAUUUCAAAAUUGACUCAGAUGGUGGAUUUGUUCAGGUACAGAAUUCACUAGACAGAGAAAGAAGAACAGUGUAUAAUCUUCAAAUUAAAGUAGAUGAUAAUGGAGCUGUUCGUAAUUCUGAUUUUAUCACCAUAGAUUUAACUAUUGGAGAUAUUAAUGACAAUGAUCCCAUCUUUACUGGUUUACCAUAUACCUUUAACAUUCAUGAAAAUGAGAUAGUAGAUACUUCAGUUGGAACUCUUGUAGCCACAGAUGCAGACACUGGUGUAAACGCUGACUUGCUCUAUUCUCUGCCUAAUUUCUGGUCUGGAAAUCCAGCACAUUUGAAAAUUAAUGGUAUAACAGGUAUCAUAACCACUGAAAUCAUUCUUGACCGCGAAGUUACUGCAACAUAUUUCGUUUGGUGUCGAGUAAAAGAUGGUGGUAAUCCCUCGAGAGAAGCAUACACCAACGCCACUAUUGUUGUGCUGGACAAAAAUGAUAACUUUCCAUUGUUUGACUCAUCGUCUUACAGCGUUACUACCCUGGAAAACUCAAAUGUAGGAACUUCGAUUCUUCGGAUCACAGUUACGGAUAAAGAUGAGGGUGUAAACAAAGAUUUCACUCUUUCUAUUGAUACGUCGACAACAGGUGGUGCCUUGGCUAAUACUUAUCUGAUAAUAGACACUGUCACUCAGACCUUAUCUGUCAAAUUAUUAAUAGAUCGCGAAUUAACACCAACGUUUAGUUUCAAUAUAUUAGCAGUAGAUAAAGGUACACCAGCUCUUACAUCGUCAGCUGCUGUUACAAUAACAGUUUUGGACGAGAACGAUAAUGAACCAAUAUUUAACCCAGUAUUUUACAACAGUGAAGCUUCCUAUGCCGGCCAAUGUACCCGAAAUAUCCUGACAGUAACAGCUACUGAUAGGGAUGAUGGUAACAAUGGCGAAGUUGUAUACUUCCUUCUUCAAAGUUCUUAUGAUUAUCUCUUUAAUAUCGACCCACUGACAGGAUUGUUAACUUUAAAAGCCUCAACCACGACAGAUUUUAACUAUUUACUGACUGCUCGAGCCCGUGAUAAUGGCCUUCCUCUUCAAACAUCUUCAGUGGGAGCAACAUUGAGAGUGGAUACAUUUACACCAAAUAAUGUUGUCAUAACUUUCAACAUGAAAAUAAGCAGAACAGAUUUUCUAGCAAGACAAAAUGAUUUUGUCGCCGGGUUAAAAAACCUACUGUUAGUAAAGUACCCAACUUCUUCAAUAAAGAUUUGGUGUAUUGAGGAAAGAGCGGGAACUGCCUUGCUUCCACCAACCAGACGUCGAUUGUUGUCUACAAACCCAGUGAGUGUUCAUGUAUAUGCCCUCAAGGAUAAUACAACAAAUUUAGAAGUUAACAAGAACAGUGCGAAAUCAUUUCUUACCUACGAUGAUUUGUUGUCAUUUUACACCACAGAUCCGGAUGGUUCACCGUCAGCAGCACUUACUGGUAACAACUGGGACUAUUAUUCGAUUGAGACUAUAAAGCCAUAUCAAGAAACAACCACACCAUGGGAAGAAACAGACGAAGGAAUAGCUAUUAUUGUUAUCAUUUGUUUGGUUCUUCUAGCGCUUAUUAUACUCUUGUUCCUUUUAUGCUUCCGUAGAUACAGACAAAAACAAAAAACAUCUAUUAUUACCGAACGGAGGGGACAUAAAAACGAUCUUGCUAAAGUUAUGGCAGUACCAAAGAACGCCGUUCCAGAUAUAGAUGAAGAUAUCAAGAAACACCCAGCCCCGGCAGCAGUAUUAUCUUUACCAAUGCCUGUGGAAUCAAAGGCUAACAAACGGUAUGAUGAAGAUUUUUUCUGGAGUUCUGAUGUAAAAAGGCCGAAUACCUCAUCUACAUUGCCUGCUGUAGAAGACAGUACAAACUUUGCUAGAGAUAAUAGAUAUUUUGAUGGUAUGGCUAUAGAUCCAGAUUCUGGAAAGGUAUAUGAAUACAAUACGAAAACCAACGAAAGGAAGUGGUUAAAUUCUUCUGAUGGUAAUCCAACUCGUGUUAGUAACUUGGAUUUAUACUGA